AAAUCAUUUUGUAUUUUGCUCAGUGAGGCCAUGAAAAAUCUCACCAGUCUGCUGCCUCUCAUGGGGAACAUGACCAUAGCAUCUAUUUCCAUGGGUAGCGUUACAGGGGUUUUAAAGAGAAUUCAAAAUGUGUCUGAUAUCAAGAAGUCCGCUUUCAUCUACUCUGCAGAAACAGGCAUCAGAGUUAUAGAUGAUUUUUCCAUACUGAAAGAUUAUUCCAACGCUCUCACUAUUCCAGAGGAAGCCACAAAACAAGCGUUCAACAAACGUGCAGAAAUUGCUUUUCUGGGUGUGUUCAGAUUUCCCAACAUGUCAAAGGAUGAAAACAACAGUACGGUUUUGGGGAAUGAAGUUUAUGCAAUCGAAAUGGGGACACAAAUUUCAAAUCUGACUGAAAACAUCAGUUUGGUCUUCAGCAAUAAAGAGAACAUGAAGGGAACUCCUGUCUGUCACUCAUGGGAUGGACGCGGAAAUAAGCCAAACUGGACAACUGAAGGGUGUACUACUAUUCCUGAUGGAAAUAAUAUAAUAUGUGAUUGCAGCCACUUGACUUUCUUCGCUGUCCUUAUGGUAUUAGGCCUACCCAUUCCCCAAGCUGACCUUGUCGCUCUCACCUACAUCACGUACAUCGGCUGCGGCCUCUCCAUGUUUUUCCUGGGAGUCGGACUAUUUAUUCACUUCCUCUUAAGGAAAGCGAAGGCCACUAAUUCAGCCCACGUGCUGAUGAAUCUCUUUUUGGCGCUGUUUCUGCUCAACCUGGCCUUCCUGACUAAUGAAUACGUUGCACGUGCGAAUAGCCCCAACGCCUGCAGGGUCAUGGCUGGAUUCAUGCACUACAGCUUGCUAGCCAGUUUCUCCUGGUUUGCGGUGGAGGCUUUACACCUCUGCCUGCAAAUGGCCAGACACUCAAUCGUCAUCAAACAUUACAUCCUCAAGCUCUCUGUGGUUGGGUGGGUUCCUCCUGCCUUUGUUGUCAGUAUCAUUUUCCUCCUUGGCAAAUAUGGUGAACUGACCAUACAGACGGACGCAAGCAAUGUAACCAUGUGCUGGAUUUUAGACACCACUGUCCACUACGUCGUGAACAUCGGCUUUUACUGCUUCGUCUUCAUCUUCACCUCUUGCACCAGCAUCGUGGUGCUGCGAUGGCUCUCCAUGCUGAAGGUGAGGAAGUUUAACAAAGCUGCAGCGGUGAAGCGCUCAGGAACCGCCUCCUUUGACAUCACCACCAUCCUCGGCCUCUGCUGUCUGCUGGGACUCACCUGGAGUUUCACUUUCUUCAGCUACGGAAGUCUGGUUCUGCCCUCGUACUACAUAUUCACCAUACUAAACUCCUUCCAAGGAUUCUUCUUGUUCAUAUAUUACAUGAAAACGAGCAGCCUCUUUGGAGACUCGGUGCCUUCAGAAGACAGCGAUAUGACUGAAGAGACCCACACAGAAAACCCAUACGACAACCAAACACCAACACCCGACAAAAAGGCCAUCUGACUGUCGCCUCUGUAUCUGUGCAUUUGAGAUGUCAUAUCUGUCUAUAGAUAGCUUACAUUCAUUUGCAGUAUUAUAGUGAAUUCAAUGCAAAGUUCUUCUGCAACAUAUGUAGCUAUUUCUGAUUUCUGAAUUUUUAAGAGUUUGAAUUGAAUUGCUGACGGCGCACAGGAAGAGAUAUUCGCUUUAUUGCAUCCUGUUUGCUACCUCAAUUCCACUUUAGGAACUAAACUGGAAUUUUAUAGACUAUCCAAUUUAGUUCUGAAUGGGGCACAACCCUGCUGAAUAAUAAUAUAAUAAUCAUC